AAUCGAGUUCUUCCAGUCAUGGGAGGAGGCAGGGGAGGAGCGAGGGUAAUGCUGGCAGGUAGUUUGGUAUAGUAGGUAAGAAAGGAGGACACACAGAAGGUGUGACAGUUUAGGGGGAUGUACAGAGAAAAAAAAAAAAACAAAUACGCAUUUGUGAGAGAGAACGGGGUGAUGUCUUUUGAAGGAAGUGAUACAUUGUUUUAAAAAUGAAGAUGGUUUGGAUCUUACUAGCUCUGUUUGUCUUCAAAGGAAGCAGUGUGGAUCAAAAGCAAGAACAGGAAGUGAAAUAUGUUUCCACAGACGAUGAGUGUAAACCGGGAGACACUCUGUGUGAGGUGCGUGUGUACGAGGUCGAGGUGAUUGUGAUCCCAGUGCUGCUGGUGGCCGGCUUCAUCUUCAUCUUCCUCUUCAUCCUGGUCAUGAGGUUCUGUCCACCUACCUGCCAACGCCCCCUGGGGGACGAGAAGAAGAAUGUCUUCCUUGGGGUCACAGCUCCCAUCUCGCAGCCCCCUCGGGAGAAUGAUUACAUCGCCCUGAGCAAUCAGCCUCCAGAGAUCCCCCGAGAGCUCAUCCAACGCGUGCUCGAGCCACUCCCCUCCCAGCUUCCCCUGCUGUACCCAGGAUUCCCACAGGAGGGCGCCAAAGUCACUCUGCAACGAGGUCUGUUCGCUACCCCCUCCCAGCCAACAGGGGGCAGAGCGGUGAUCGUGAGAGCACUGAACGAGUCAGCCAGCCCCGCUGAGGUUCAGGAGUUCCUGGGGCGUGCUCGCUUUGAGGUGGAGCUGGGGAAACACCCCCACUUAGUGGAGACCCUGGGAGUGUGCAGCCAUGGAACUCCCCACCUCAUCAUCACUGAGGAGCUGCAGCACAGGGACCUGCUGGGUUUCCUGUGGAGGUGCAGGAGGGAUGUGCUGCGGAUGGAUCAAGGUGUCCCCUGUGAUCUCACAGAGAAGGGCGUGUUCAGAAUUGCACAAGGAGUGGCCAGUGGUCUGGAGUAUCUGCAUGGGAAGCGCUAUCUCCAUGGUGACGUGGCUGCUCGCAGCGUGCUGAUUGGAGAAGGGCUGACAGCGAAGCUGGGUGGAUUGGGCACUGCCUACCGCACCCACAGCAGGGGGGUUAUGCCUGCAGGAGAAGGGGUGUGGUUUAGAAAGUGGCACGCUCCCGAGAGACUGGCCAGGAGACCCACAACUCCCAGCAGUGACGUGUGGUCGUUUGGGAUCAUGCUGUGUGAGAUGGUGACUUUAGGCGAUGCCCCGUUUCCUGAAAUACCCCCUGAAGAGCUUCUUCAGCAACUGCAGAGGGGCUACACAUUGAAGAGACCCCCCAACUGCAAAACAGCACUGUAUAACAUCAUGAAAGCUUGUUGCCAGUGGAAAGCGUCAGACCGUCCCUCAUUGGCUGAGCUUUCCCGCAGGCUUCAAUCAGGAGAGAAGCAUGGUGAUGACAGGACGGUGCUUCGAGUGCCAGAGCCAAUCAACAUGAUCCAGUACCUGAAGGAGGCAGGCUUUCCCUUACCAUCUGAUUACUCCAUCCUCUGAGGCUAGAAGCCCUACCCAAACACAGCCACAAAGACCAACUGGACUGUCAACAAGGCCUACCCUUCUGUAAGAGCAGAGUACACAAAAGGCAAAACUCUGGAAGAAUGUAGUACCAAGAGAUAAUGGAAUUAUAUUGCCGUAAACAAUAACAAACUGGCCUAUCAACAAGGUGUUUACUUCUUUAUUUCUGGUAAAGCAGACUGAAGGCUAAACUAUACUAGAAUCAAGGUUUCAACUUUCACAGUAACUUUUUACAUUGAAAAAGCACCGCAACUGAUGACUCACUGUGUAUAUUUGAAAAAGAUUCAAAAAGAAAAUAAAAAUAUGAUCAUA